UAUGAUAGCUUUGCUCUGUUUCUCUUCACUCAUGGCUUCUUUACCUUACAGCACCAUUCCAAACACACACCUCUCUUCAUCCAAACACUCCAUACCCAUAGAAAACCAAAAACCAUCACAAGCCCAUUUCCCAAAGCUUCAAGAAAAUGCAACCCAGAAUCAAACUGAUCUGUCCAAAUCCUACUUCAAUCAGAUGUCCAAGCAGAGCCAAAUUCAAGAAGCCGUGGACUUGCUCAUCCAUAUGGACCUCAACAGCCUCCACAUGGGGCCCGAAAUCUACGGCCAGCUGCUUCAGGCGUGUGUCUACGAGCGAGCUCUUCAAACUGGAAAGCAAAUCCACGCCCGGAUUAUCAAGAAAGGUGAGCUGUUUUCAACAAAUGAGUACAUUGAAACUAAACUAGUGAUCUUUUACGCAAAAUGCGAUGAUGGGAAAGCUUCGAAUCGUUUGUUUAGAAGGGUGAGAUUGAAAAAUGUGUAUUCUUGGGCUGCAAUUGUUGGAUUGAAUUGUAGAUUGGGUUUUUACAAAGACGCCUUGCUAGGGUUUAUGGAAAUGCAUGAAGAUGGGUUGUUUCCGGAUAAUUUUGUGGUUCCGAAUGUGCUGAAGGCUUGCGGGGCGAUGGAGUGGAUUGGAGUUGGGAAAGCAGUUCAUGGAUAUGUGGUCAAGAUGGGUUGUAAUGGGUGUGUGUUUGUUGCUAGCAGUCUUGUAGAUAUGUAUGGAAAAUGUGGGGUUGUGGAUGAUGCGAGGAAGGUGUUUGAUGAAAUGGUUGGGAGAAAUGUGAUCACAUGGAAUUCGAUGCUGGUGAGUUAUGUGCAAAAUGGAUUGAAUGAGGAUGCUAUCAAGGUGUUUUGUGAUAUGAGGGAGCAAGGCGUUGAACCCACUCAUGUGACUGUGUCUGGCUUUCUUUCGGCUUCGGCUAAUUUAGGUGCGCUAGAAGAAGGUAAGCAAGUGCAUGCAUUAGCAGUUGUGAGUGGACUUGAACUGAAUACCAUUUUGGGGAGUUCUAUUAUUAACUUUUAUUCCAAGGUUGGUUUGAUUGAGGAUGCUGAAAUAGUUUUUAGUAGGAUGAAUGAGAAAGAUGUGGUUACAUGGAAUUUGCUCAUAUCUGGGUAUUUGCAAAUUGGGGAUGUUGAUAAAGGUCUUGAUAUGUGCCGCUUAAUGAGACUAGAAAACUUGAGGUUUGACUCGGUGACUCUUGCAUCCCUUAUGUCUGCUUUUGCAGAUACACGAAAUUUGAAAUUUGGCAAGGAGGCGCACUGUUAUUGUAUAAGGAACAACCUUGAGGGUGAUGUGGUUGUUUCAAGUAGUAUAGUAGACCUGUAUGCCAAAUGUGAGAAAAUUGAUUACGCAAGACGAGCUUUCGAAUCUGCAACAACUAGAGAUCUUGUACUGUGGAACACGCUGUUGGCGGCUUAUGCAGGAUUGGGACAUAGUGGUGAGGCAUUCAAAUUGUUCUAUCAGAUGCAACUGGAAAGUGUGCCUCCAAAUGUGAUGACUUGGAACUCUCUGAUAUUUGGUUUUUUGAAAAAUAGUCAGGUCAAUGAGGCUCAAGAUAUGUUCCUGCAGAUGCAGUCCCUUGGUGUCGAGCCAAACCUGGUCACUUGGACUACUAUGAUCUCUGGUCUGGCGGAGAAUGGGUUUGGCCAUGAAGCAAUUCAGGCCUUCCAUCAAAUGCAAGAAGCGGGAAUCAAACCCAAUGUUGUGAGUAUCAUUUGUGUACUUAAGGCUUGCAUAGAAAUGGCAUCAUUACAGAAUGGAAGAGUUAUACAUGGGUAUUUGAUUAGGCAUUACCUCUACCUUUCGAUCCCAAUUGCAACAUCUUUAGUGGAUAUGUAUGCUAAAUGUGGUAAUGUAGAAGAAGCAAAGAGAGUGUUUGAUAUGGUGUCAGACAAGGAGUUACCUAUCUAUAAUGCAAUGAUCUCCAGUUACGCAUUACAUGGUCAAGCUGUGGAAGCUCUUGCACUAUACCGGAGUUUAAAGGAAGAAGGCUUACAACCCGACAGUGUAACCUUUACUAAUGCCUUAUAUGCAUGUAGCCAUGCCAGUCUGGUGACUGAAGGUUUGGAGCUUUUGGAUGACUGUUAAUUGUUAUCCAAUCAAACUAUAAAUCCAAGUAUUGAGCACUAUGGUUGUGUGGUUAAUCUUCUUUCUCGCUGUGGCAAUGUGGAUGAAGCUUUUAGGCUUAUCGUCGCGAUGCCUUAUGAGCCUGAUGCGCAGAUAUUGGGAUCAUUACUUGCAGCUUGUGGAGAACAGAAUAACAUAGAACUAGAGGAGUAUUUGUCCGAUCAAUUACUGAAAUUAGAGCCAGAGAAUUCUGGAAACUAUGUAGCGAUUUCAAAUGUAUAUGCAGUUGCAGGAAGAUGGGAUGAGGUAAAGAAAGUGAGGCAGUUAAUGAAAGAAAAGGGCCUGAGAAAGAUUCCUGGAUGCAGCUGGAUUCAAAUUGGAGAAGAAAUCCAUGCGUUUGUUGCUGGUGACAAAUCACACCCAGAAACUGAGCAAAUCUAUAUGACAUUGGAAUUGUUGGAAUAGAAAUGGGUUUUACUGGAUGCUUUCCUUCAUUAUACUCAUAGCUCUAGAUGAUUUCUGUUCACGAAUUAUAAUUAAUAAAUUCUGUGGUGGAACAUAUAUGUUCACGAGUUAUUAUCUAUAUAGGAAAUGCAAUGCUUAAUUGUGUAUCCCACAAAAGAUCAAGCUAUUAUUCUGGCGGGCUGCUCAUAAUUCUACCUCGUGCACAGACUUUGUUCAAAAGAAAAAUUGCUUCCGAGGCAUCAGCUAUUCAAGUCUUUUGGGACUGCCCAAGAGCAAAAAGUGUUUGGAAGCUUUCUUUCUUAAGUGAGGUAUGUAAAACAUGGAAAGAACCAUCCUUUCUUGAUUUGUUUUCUCAUGUCAAUUCCACAGCCAUUGGAAGUGAGUCGAAGGCUUUAGAGAAACCGAAAUUUAAAUAGGCAUGGUGAGCGAAUGCUGGGACCGGAAGAGCUUGUACAAGCUGCAAGAGAUUGGCAUUUACAGUACACCACAUUUGGGGCUGCUAACAGUGCGUUGCCUAUAGCUGCUGCUCAAGACGGAAUGGAUGCUUGGCAACCACCUACUGUGGACUGCCUAAACCUAAAUUUUGAUGGAGCAACAGAUACUAAAAAUGGGGCUAGUGGUUUGGGAGCUGUGUUCAGAGAUCAUCAAGGCAAAUUAAGAGGUGCCUUGGCUGUUCCUCAAGUUUGUAACCUCCCUCCAAAGGCGGUGGAAGCAUUGGCUUUGCUACAUAGCAUCAGGUUUGCAAUUCAUGCAUGUUGGUUUUACUACGUUGGAAGUAGAGGGUGAUACUUUGACAGUUUUAAAUGCUCUGCAUGAUGAUAGUGAUGUUCUUAGUGUGGAGGGUCAUCUCGUGGAUGUAGUCAAACAUUUAGUUAAGUCUUUUAUAGAUUGUAGUUGGCAAUUUGUUAAGCGUGAUUGCAACAAAAUUACGCACCGCUUAGUAAAGGAAGCCUUGAAGUUAAGUCAACUUUUUCUUUGUUUGGAGUCGCGGACAAAUUUGGCUCUAUCAAUGUGUUAGCAUGAACUUUGAGUGAGAAGUCUAAAUGGGCAUGGUUUUUUUUCCGACUUUGUUGAGGAUGGUGGAAAACUCUUGUAACUACUCUCAUUGUAAUCUUCGUCCAUUAAUGAACUAUCCCACGAAUUGUUGU